CAGAUUCCAUUAAGGUUCGGAACACUUACACUAUACAUUGUCUGUAAACAAACACUUACGAUGGGCUUUCGCCAUGACUGAAAUUAAUGACUUGUAUAAACAAUAUUGUAAAAAAUACAAUAUUGAGGAGCAAGAAUGUGUCAGAGAAGCUUUAGCGCAAGGUGGCACUUUAGAUCUCUCCAACCAAACACUUGAUGUUGGCACAUGUGCUGUAUUAGGCAAGAUUUUGCAGAUAUCAAAUGUAAUCAGCAAGGCCAGUUUUGGAGACUGCCUAUUAAAAGAAGAUGGCAUUAAGUCAAUUCUUCUAGGACUUUGUGGCAAUUCCUCUGUGAAGACGCUCUCACUGAAAGGAAACAGCAUCCAGGGUAGCAGCAUUCAUGCCUUGGCUAAAAUGUUAAGGCAUAAUAUCACUGUUAUCAGACUCUCUUUGGAGUGGAACAACUUGGGUCUGUGCUCAGAGAGUUUUACAUCUUUCUGUGAGGCCCUUGGAAGUAAUUCAGCCUUGCAGUACCUUGAUCUACGAAGUAACCAGCUGGGAGUAGAUUGUGGAACGCAUUUAGCUCGAGCUUUAGCAAGAAACUGCAGUUUAACAUCUCUUGACUUAAGAUGGAACAAUAUAGGGAGAACUGGUGGAAAGGCCUUGUUAGAAAGCUUACACCACAACAGAACUCUCUCUAAAGUAGACUUGGUAGGAAAUGGAAUACCAAAUGAAGAUAUUUCAGCCAUUGAAAUGCAGCUAAGUCAGAAUAGCAGGUCAGCCAUUAUAACAAACGAGUACACAAGUCGGACUGAUAUCCUAAAGCAACAGUUGGAAGAUCGUGAGCGUUAUUCGGCACAGCAAAUUGAAUAUUUGGAACGUUCCUUAGCACAGACAGAUUUAACAUUAAAUAAAACUGUUAAGGAAAGUAUGUUCCAAACUGGAAAAUUGGAAGAACAGUUACGGUCAAAAUCUGUGGAACUGGAGGCUUUAGAGGCAAAAUAUGAAUUAGUUAAUUCUGCUCUUCGCCUGAACCAAGAGCGAGUUACAACAUUGGAAGCCAGGAAUAAUACUUUAGAAGAGGAAUUGCGUAAAAGUCAGGAAGCAGCACUGCUGCAGAAUAAAAAUGACAAAGAGGUACUGGAGCAUGUUAAAUCAGAACAUAACCAAGAAGUAAGAUCGCUACAGAAAACCAUCAGCCAGUUGGAGGCGCAGGUUGCUGAACUGGAAUUCAAGUGCAACAAUCAGAAAAUGCAAAUUUUUGACUUUAAGGAGACUAUAUGUUCAUUACAAUCAGAAAUCAAAGGAAUCAGAAUAGAAUGUGAUGAAAUGAUGGCUGCAGAGGCUGGAAAGUACAAAGAAUCUUUGAGGAAUGUGGAUCUUCAGUACAAUGCCGAAAUACAACGAAUGAAAAAAGACCACCAGCAAAUGGAGACAGAGAUGAGAGAAAAGUGUUUAAAUUCUGAAACUUUGAGAGGUGAAGUACAAGCAGAAGCUGCAGCCCUGAGACUCCAGAUUUCAACAGAAAGAAGUUCAAAUCAAGCUCAGUUACUGUCCCUUAAACAGCAGUUAAAGGCUGAACAGGCUACAGUGGUUCGAGGAAUGGAGGAGCAAUUGCAUGCCAUGGAAGACAGUCGUAAUGACGGAGAGGAGAGACUGAGAGUACAAAUAGCAUCUAAUUCAACACUCUCAGCUGCCAAUGCCAAGCUCAGUGCUCAGUUGCAUGCACUCAGAAAUGAUAUUGCUGAACUUAAUGUUAAACUGGAAGACAAGGAAGUGGAAGUAAGGGCAGCUGAGAAGCGAGUGAGAGACGAGUUUGCAGGUCAGCUUAUUGAACUUCAACAAGAAUGUGAAAAAACUUCUAAACUCAACAAUGUUAUUUUAGAUCUUAAAAGAACUAUAUCAGAACUGGAGCACGAGUCUAAUGUCCAUAAACGAGAUGUGAGAAUGAGAGAGGAUGAACUUCAGAAACUGCGGGAAGAUGAAGCUCGUAGAAUAGGAAUGCUUCACUCAGCUUUUUUGUCAUACUUCAAUACAUCUUUAGGAUCUCCCACUAACCCACGUUGACAUAGAAGUUUUUUUUUUAUAGUGUACUAUAUAAUAUAUAUCUUUGUAAAUUUUGAUAUAUUAAAUACUGAAAUAUUUAAAAUAUUUUAUUUAAUAAAACUAUGAUCUGUAUAUAUUUAACUCAACAGAGCAUAAAAUCUGUUGGCUAUUAUGUUAAUUUUGUCAUGUAACAAUAGCUUUUAAAUAAGGAUCUUGAUCUUGAGAGAACAUAACAAUUUAUUGGCCUAAUCUCAGCAGCUUCCCAAGCUUAAACACUGGCAUGUUAUCAGAACAAGGGACUUUAUCAUAUUUCACAUGUAGCUAUGGACAACUGCUGGAGUAUGGUUUUUCUUGUUAUGCAUGAUAUAUGUACGAUUGUGUGAUGAUAUAGUGAAUGGAUGAUAUAUAUGUUUCUUUGUAAUAUGUAUAACCUUUCUUCACUACAUUAUUUGCCAUUUUCUCUGGGCUGAUAUCUCCCCACCCAUGAGAGUGAGAAAUGCUAAGGAAUUCACAGUCCUAUACUAUAAUUUUUAAGCAAUGGUCAACCAGUGGUUAUGCAUAUUGUUAUUCCCUCUAAAGACAAGUGUUUCUUAAAGUACUGUACUGUACCCAAAUCACCAUCAGCUGGUCUGCAUUGUAGACAACAUAUGUAUAUGUAGAGGUGCUGUGAAAUUCUUGCACUGCCAAUUUUAUAACUUGCAGGAGAUAUUACUACUAUUACAGUGCUACAGUAAAUAUAGCUUUUUUACAUUUUUAAAGUCAAUACAAUUGUAUAUAUGUGUGGACUUACACGAGUGUGACCUGCAAAGUACUAUAUUGAUAUUUAUUACAGAAUUUAUUUUAUUUUAAUGGCUUAUAUUGCCUCUUAUAUUGAUUAUUCCGUUACAUGAGCUAGGUUCAAUACUUUCUCUUUACAAGGAUAUGGUUAUGUUUCUAGCAUUAAUGAUUUUUAUGUAGACAUCUUUAUUCAGAUAAAAAAACCUAAAAGUUUG